CGCGGUAGGAGCCGUUCUCCAACAUGUUGGUGAACAAUGGCAACCCCUUGGGUACUUCUCCAAGCGCCUGCAGCCAGCAGAAUCCCGCUACAGCACAUCUGGCAGAGAACUGCUCGCCAUUUACCUAGCCAUUCGUCACAUACGGCACACACUUGAAGGCCGCGCUUUCAUGGUCUACACUGACCACAAGCCCCUCAUCUUCGCCUUCGACUCUGAUUGCGACAAAUAUUCGCCACAGGAAACAAGACACCUAGACUUGGUCACGCAGUUCACUGCUGACAUACGUCAUGUCUCAGGUGUCGACAAUCCCGUUGCCGACGCUCUCCCACGCGUCAACCUCACUCUCCAGGUUUCGCCUACCGUCGACCUUGCUGCCAUGGUAUCAGCUCAGGCUCAAGACGAAGACAUACAACGCAUACUGCAGUUCACUUCGUUGUAUGUGCAACCUGUUCCUCUCCAAAUCACGGAAGGAACCAUUUUCUUUGACACUUCCACAGGUUGUCCUAGACCCCUCGUGCCCGUCUUUUUCAGACGCACAGUCUCUGACGCACUGCACUCACUACCACAUCCCGGUAUCCGUGCAUUUUUGAAACUGGUCACUGAACGUUUCGUUUGGUGACGUGUAAACAAAGAUGUUCGUACCUGGGCUCGUGCGUGCCUUCAAUGCCAGCGCUUCAAAAUACAUCGUCACACCCGCAGUCCUCUUGGUUCAUUUCCUGCCCCGGACUCUCGGUUCUCGCAUGUACACGUAGACCUGGUAGGUCCCUUGCCACCGCCACGCGGAUUCGCAUACAUUC